CUGCUUAUCAAAUUGCAGUCCACGCUCUAUUUCGCAUGUGAAGGGCCUAGUUUUGUUAUUUAUUAUAAUAUUGGAUUGGAUUCAGAAUUCGAAUGUAUAUUGCUUAUUGAAAGCAAUAUGCAUUCUACCUUCCCAACUAUAUCAAAAUGUAUUACCUGUCCUGAAAUUAACUUUAUAGCUCUUAGAAAAAAGACUCGAAUUCAAAUUUUCUUCCUCGAACAAUUUCCUUGUGGAAUCGAAUACCACCAGCGAUUUUUUCAGACUGAUACGACUAAGAGACCUUCAAGAAAAGAACCUACACUUUUUUUAAAGGCUGGCAACGCACCUGUGAUUCCUCUGCUGUUGCAGUUGUUCAUUGGCGUCGGUCAACACUUACCAUCAGGUGACCCGCAUGCCGUUUGCCCCCUCUUCUAUAAAAAAAGAAUACCAGCAUGGAGUUUUUUUUUUAUUUUACAGAAACCAACAAGCAAAUUUUUCAAGAGUGUCUUCGGCUUGUUUGUAUAUUUAGUACAAAUGACACGGAGUAGCACAACGGGAACGCAGUUUGCUUCCCACAUCAGUGUAAAUACGCCUUCAAGAAGUUUCAGUCACGGAGUUGGUGACCCUUUGCCGAUAUUAACGCAACCAAUGAAACAACAAAACAGAUCUCCGCAAAGAAGUUUUAGAAGACCAGUAACAAGGCAAUCGGAACAUUUCGGAUAUCCAAGGGUGAAGCCAUCCAUACCGUUUCCACACGAAGAUAUUGUUCGAGAUAAUUCAUUUAGUGUUGCACCAUUGUUGCAUCAUAACUACUUUGAUAUAGCUAUACCGCUGCUGCCACCAUCACCGUACAAGGUUGAUUCACCGGAUCCAGAGUCCCUGUGGCCCCACGGUCUGUUCGUGCCGCCGUUUAAACCACCCCGCUUCGGAUCGCGAAGGCUAGAUAAUGAUUUCCUUGACCCAUACCUAUUAGAAGGCUCGGAAGCUGUCGCUGCAGUAAGAAGAGCUAAUCGUCACGGCUUGCUCUAUUUCCACGACAUCCCCCACAUCGAAUCAUUGUUGGCAAACCAGGAUCUAAGAAUCAAGAACAACCUGAAGCCAAAUCGUAUUGGAAGUAUUCGUCAUACCUGGCCGUAUAAUCGCCCAUAG